CAACUGAGCAGCCCGCAGUACCGCCUGGCCGCCAGCAGAGGGCGCGCCGAAGCCCAAGUACGCGUCACGUGACUAGGACGUCCACGUGACUGAGGGAACCCACGGUCAUGGCGCGGCCGCGGCUUCUCUCCCUCCUGAGCCGACCCUGGGUCCGCCGGCUGAGCGGCAGCUGCUGUCCGCUGAGGGAGAACCGGGGGCUACUGCGUGUCCGAGGCCCGAACACUCCGGCCUUCCUGCAGGGGCUAAUCACCAACGACGCGGAGCGGUUGGGAGAGGGCGCCGUGUACGCUCACCUGCUCAACGUGCAGGGGCGGAGCUUGUUCGACGUCAUCCUGUACAGGCUCCCCACGGAUGGCCAGUCUGACCUACUACUAGAGUGUGACAUCCAGGCGUUGGAGCCCAUCCAGAAACAUCUGCAGGUCUACAACUUCCGAAAGAAGGUGGAGGUGUCCCCCUGUCCAGAGUUGUCGGUGUGGGCCGUGCUUCCAGGUCAGAAACAGCAGGACCCUCCGGGGAAGAGACUGCCGAGUCCGGUGGUGGUGUGCAGCCCUGACCCUCGGGUACCGGUUAUGGGAUGGAGAAUUGUGGCCCAGGCCGACGGGGAUAUCGCAGGUCUGCUGCCUGAAGCUCAGCUGGGAAACUACGAGGAGUAUUGCAAAUACCGAUAUCAACACGGUGUUCCAGAGGGGGUCAAGGACCUUCCUCCGGGGGUGGCUCUACCGCUGGAAUCCAACCUGGUUUACAUGAAUGGAAUCAGCUUCUCCAAAGGAUGUUACCUGGGCCAGGAGCUAACGGCCCGGACUCACCACACCGGAGUUAUCCGCAAGCGGCUGGUGCCUGUGCAACUCUCGUCGCCAUUGUCGCCCGAGUGCGAGCAGUCUGAGGUUGUCACGGCGUCGGGGAAAGCAGCUGGCAAAUACCGAGCCGGAGUCGGGGACUCGGGCCUUGCGCUGCUGAGGCUGGAACAUCUCGGAGUGGAACUUCAGAUAAAAGUAGGAGGUCGGGAGCCCGUCGGUGUGAAGGCCUCUGCGCCGGAGUGGUGGCCGAAGCCUGGAACUAGCUCAUGACGAGGCUCCAUCAGUGAACGUUAUGAGACCUCACUGUGACCGAAAGAGUGUUGAAUAUUAUUGUAUUUUUAUAGACUGCAGGACGUUGUGUGCCUUCUGCAUCC